UGCCAUUCAGCUUAAGCCCAUUUUAUUGCUAGUUUCUCUACAACUAGUUGUCAAUCGCCUCUUUCCAUUCCUCUUCUAUGGCGCCUUCAAACUUUAGCCCAUAUAAUGAGAUCUUCCUUUCUCCCCUCAAUUGAUGGACCAAGUAAUUGCCAUGAGCCAUCACAUUGGGCCCCCAGCUCCCAAUAUCUUUCUAUGGUGAAACAGACAUAUAACUACCCCCAGCCUCGCCUCACCGAUAUUCACAGCAAGGCUGCCAGUGACUCACAUCCCCACAUCCGAACAUCUGGCUGGAUUCCGGCCAAUGUAAGGCUUGGCUCUGAUCACCCCUCCUCGCCCUACUCGCCCUACUCGCCCUCCACCAAACCAGCCUAGGGUUCAUAUUGACCCCCUCUUCCUCCUCCUUCCCACUGCGUGCUUCUGUUCCGGAGGAUCUCCUCGGCGGCUGUUGUUCUCCAGUUGAAGGCAGGAUCCAAAACCGCCGAAAUGUCUGCCAACGACAAUGCGAUGACCAGAUUCCUCUUCGCAAUCUUGCAGCAGAAAUGUCUCAAAGAUAUCGAUUGGAACAAGGUGGCGCAUGAUCCGAUUCUGGCCCAGGAGAUCACAAACGGCCAUGCCGCCCGUAUGCGGUACUCUCGGUUCCGCUCUGCCAUGUUGGGCCUCGAGCCUCAGCGGCGCAACCGGACAAGCGCAAACAAGUCGCGAGUGUCCAAAUCCAAGAAGCAGCCCAAGGGCAAGCAAGCGGACCCCGGCAUCAAGCAGGAUCCGGCGGUGCCGAACACUUCUGUCAAGGAAGAAUCCAAGGUCUUAUCGCCCAAGGUCAAGCAGGAGCAUGUCCAGGCGCUGCCAGAGUCGACCUCGCCUAACCCUACGGCUGGACUCGCAUCGAGUGCCGUCCCCCCGUCCGAUCUGCAUUCGCAGCUUCAUGCAAGGCUUCUCACCCCCUGCAGCGACUCGGAUGUCCUGGUAGCAUCUCAAUGUUUUGCUGCCAGCCCAAACAGCGAUAUGUUGCAUUCGGAUGCAUCAUUCGACCUCUCUGGGGCCUCGCAGUACAGCCACCACGACCAUACGUCCUGGUCGCGGGCCCAAACCUACCCGGCCUUCGGUGUCGGCUACGAUUUGGCGACUUACACGACUGGCUUCUGUGAACAUCAGCACAACCAUCAAGCCGCCGAUGAGCUCGCCUUUUCUGGUGGCCUCUUAGAUGGGAACGGAAAUCACGUUAUGGUGAAGCAUGAGGAAUGGGACGCCCAGAGUUACCAAUGAAGUAUGACGGCAUACCGGGAGUGGCCAGCGGCACGAUUCUUGGUGGCAGACCAUUUGAGCAAGGGGUAUUUGGAUCGAACUGGGUACUGGGUAUUGUUGCAUGCAGCGCGUUGAUUUCAGAUC